GGCAGUCCAGAACACAAAUCGACUUUGGAAGUGGCCAGGUUGUCAAUGCAAGGAUCAAUUUGUUUACAACUUUAUCAACACUGUCCCUUUUAUAGAUCGACCUUCUUCCUUUUUAUCUCCAGCUAACCAAUCCUCUUUUCUCCUAGUUUCUCGAAAAGUACUCACUUUCCCUCGAACGUCCUCACAUAUUCGCAUAUCUUGGAGUAUAAUCUCACCUUUUGUCUUUUUUAACCUAGCGAAACCCUGACGGCGUCCGCGCCAACGGGCAAUACCGUCUACUUAUUGUGUCGUCACCAUGAUCGUCCCUCUAUCAGCGUUGGCUGUCGCGGCCACUGCGUUGUCCUCCACCGGUCUUGUCGCGGGUUUGUCUGCUUCAGAUAUACCUUCCGAUACCCCCAUAUCAUCACUGCUCUCUUCUGCGCAGACCCACUUGACGAAAGGCGAAACAAGCGAGGCCUUGAUUUACUACGAUGCUGCUGUCGCUCGCGACCCCAACGAUUACCUGACCUUCUUUAAGCGCGCAACCACCUACCUUUCGCUCGGCCGCACGUCGCAAGCUACUUUGGAUUUCAAUAAGGUCCUUGAACUGAGACCCGGUUUCGAAGGCGCACACGUACAACUUGGCAAACUCAAGGCGAAGAGCGCAGACUGGGAGGGAGCCAAGGAGCAAUACACCCUAGCUAAACAGAAGGCUGGUUCCCCCGACUUCGAUAAACUUAUUGAAGCCCAAGGUGCCGCUAAAUUGGCGGAAACAGCCGCACAAAGUGGGAAUUGGGAUGAGUGUAUAAGUCAGGCAGGAGAGGCCAUCAUGGUCGCAAACCGAGCUCCGAAUCUCCGUGAACUGCGCAUCAAGUGUCGAUUUGAAAAGGGUGAAGUUGAAGAAGGAAUGAGCGAUCUGCAGCAUGUUCUGCAGAUGAAAGCGGGCGAUACCACUCCACACUUGCAGAUCUCGGCCACUACAUUCUAUGGCUUAGGAGACUUGGAACAGGGCAUGACUCAGAUCAAGAAAUGCAUGCAUUCCGAUCCAGAGUCCAAGCCGUGUAAAAAACUGCUAAGGCAAGAGAAGAACGUUGAUAAGACAUUAGCUAAAGUCAACAAGGCUCUGGAGAGGAACCAGCCUAUGACUGGUGUUAAAUUAUUAGUACCAUCUGGCGAAGAGCCUGGUUUAAUCAACGAGGUCGAAGAGCAGAUCAACGAACUUAAGCAGAGUGGGAUUAUCCCGGAACGUGCGCCCAAUGUUUUGCUAGCUCGGUUAGUUGAGACUGCUUGUCAGGCUUAUUAUGAGUCAAAUAGCAAGAAAGCGAGCACAUAUUGUGCAAAAUCUCAAACACUGGAUGAGAAUUCAUUCUACGGACUUAUGUACAAGGCAAAGACGCAACUAGAAGCAGAAGAUUUUGAUGCUUCCAUUGCGACAUUGAAGAAGGCUUCGGAACUUAGACCGGAUAAGAACAACAUCAUCAACCCUGUAAUGCAAAAGGCUCAAGUGGCUCUGAAGCGCAGCAAGACGAAAGAUUACUACAAGGUCCUUGGCGUUGCCCACGACGCGGAUGAACGACAAAUAAAGGCAGCCUACCGAAAAUUAACCAAGAUACAUCAUCCUGAUAAAGCGGCGAAACAAGGCCUCAGUAAGGAACAGGCGGAGAAAAAGAUGGCAGAUAUCAAUGAGGCGUACGAGGUUCUCAGCAACCCCGAGCUCCGGGAAAGGUUCGACAGAGGAGACGAUCCCAACUCGCACGAACAACAAAAUCCAUUCCAACAUGGACAUCCGUUCGGCGGCGGCGGCGGCGGUGGUGGUGGCCCGUUCAUGUUCCAACAAGGCGGUGGGCAACAAUUCCAAUUCAAGUUUGGAUCCGGAGGCGGUGGCUUCCCGGGAGGAUUCCCAUUCGGUUAAAGCGCUCUUCAAUAAAGAUAUCCUGCAUGACAAUGGGCGGCUGGAGUUUGUGGAGUUUUCGAGAGUGCAUGAUAGUAAAUAUGCAUUUAAUUAAGAUGAUACUUUUAAAAAUUUGCACACAUAUAUAUAUAUAUAAGACAUGUAUACUUUAGCUCCUUGCCAAUUUCCCUGCAAUGGAUCUCGGGAUGACAAUUAAGGCCAUCCCUUGGUGGAUGAUCAGUGAUUGGUGAAAAUUACAACUGACAUGUCUACGAGGUUAUAUAGUUAUCAAUAUGACGACACCACCGGUACGUGUACCGAUAUCAAGUAUGCCCUGUAUAUUGUUAACAGCAGCUGUGGUGUUGGGUUUCGACUUUCCCCUCUAUUCAUUCGGAUAUAAGUCACCUAUCAGACCCUUACCAUAUGGGCUGUACGAGUUACCUUUAACCAACACUCGUCAUUGAAGUAACAUGCGUCCAUGCCCAAUUCCACAAGAGAACCGGUGUACCACAAUCCUACAGGAAACAUGAUUAUGCAGUUAUUUAUCU